AUGGAAAGUGAAGGUAUAAGGACUGAUGAGACAAUAGUGUCCAACUUGCCUGUUUCAGAACAAGGACAACGUGAAAGCAGAGAUGGCAUUUCAACUGUUGAGGGAAAGUUAGGCAGCUCAUUGACAUUAGAGGAUAUCCAAAAUGAGAAAUUUAAUUCCCAGGUAGAAGUUCACGGGGAUUUAUACAGUAAGGAAAAUCUAAGCACAGGCUGUAAUGAUGAAGGAGAUGGGUCAAUGCACCAGCUUCAUGUGUCUAAUGGUUUUAAUGUCCAAACAGAAGAAGAGGAAGCUUUUUCAGAAGAUAAAGAAGUGGACCCUGUAUUUGAUGGAACAGAACGUCUUGAAAUGGAAGCAACCGGUUCUCUUAGCUUAUCUCCAGAACAAGACUCAGAUCUGCAGGCCUCUGCUUGGCCAGAAAAAGCUGUUGCUUUUAAAAAUUUUGUCAAGGACAAGGGAUCAGUUGCAGUGUCGACUGUUCUACGUCGUCUUUCUGGCAAGAAGGAUGGCGAUUAUGAGGUGCAUUGUGAUGUGGAAGAGGGUGAAGUUGCAUUUAGGGGAAUUAAAGAGGAAGAAGAUUCAGGCACAGAAUUUAAACUAAAGGACGUUUUAAUGAAGGCGGGAGACAUAUCCACAUGGAAUCCUCUCAACUAUAUCAAGAUUGGACGAGAUGUAGAUAUACAAAACAUGGUGGCACAAGCAGAAGAAGUCAAUGAUGGAAAGACUGUAGAAGAGCAAGCAAUGAAGGGGAGAAUUAUUGUAUACACAAAGCUGGGGUGUCAAGAAUGCAGAGGGGUUAGGUUAUUUAUGCGUCAGAAGAAGCUUAGAUAUGUUGAAAUUAAUAUUGAUAUUUAUCCUAACAGAAAGCUGGAGUUGGAGAAAGCUACUGGAUCCUCAAAUGUUCCACUAGUGUACUUCAAUGAGGUUCUGAUAGGUGGUUUGGAUGAAUUGAAGCUCUUGGAGAAAUCUGGUAUGCUUGAUGAAAGGAUUAAUGCCCUUGCAAAGGAUGAACCAUCAUCUGCAGCUCCUUUGCCACCAUUGCCUGGUGAAGAUGAUGUCACCGGUAGUGGAAAGAUUGAUGAGUUGGCUACCAUUGUCAGAAAGAUGAAAGAGUCCAUCGUCGUUAAGGAUAGGUUCUACAAGAUGAGAAGAUUCAUUAGGUGCUUUCUUGCCUCCGAAGCUGUGGAUUUCCUGGCAGAGGAUCAAUAUCUUGAAAGAGAAGAUGUUAGUUGA